CUCGGCUAGGGUUUAUCAGUGGUUUGUCAAUGGAGGCUUCAUCGUCUCAGCCAUCCGAUUCUUCUGACCAAACUGCUUCUAAGUUCCUAUCUGACCUCCCGUCUCGCGGUUUCUUGUCUUCUACCGUUGUCUCUUCCAAUCCGGGAAGCAUGCGGGUCUACAUUUGUGAGCAUGACACAUCUCCCCCAGAAGGACAGCAUAUCAAAACAAACCAGCAAAAUAUACUAAUUAGAUCUCUCUUGUUAAAGAAGCAAAAAGGCGAAUCUAGUUCUAAAGACUCAAAAGGAACUGCUGAAGAUGGUCCUAAAAAGAGGGCUGCAAAUAGGGCUCUGGACGACAGAAGCUCAGCUAAAAGAGCUGCUAAUGCAUCUAGACAAGAAGGAUCAAGCAGUCGCACUGGCGAAAGAGACUUUCAGUCUUUGACCGUUGAGAAGCUCCGUGCCCUGCUCAAGGAGAAGGGCCUUCCAACAAAAGGAAGAAAGGAUGAGCUCAUUGCGCGUCUGAAGAGUGCCAACUGAAAUCAAGUUGAGAAAUCGCCCUGGUGAAUAUAUAUGUAUCUUUAGAGGUUUCCUAAAUAGGAGAAAUUGUUGUUGUUCUUGAUCAAAUACAAAUCCUUUUGAUCU